AUGGGUACUCUGCCGUCACACAUAUACAUACUCAUCCUCCUCCUCCUACCACUACUACUCCUCUCAUCCUCCCGCUACUCCACCUCCUCUUCUCCUCCUCCCCCUCCUCCUACUCUUCUCCUCUUCCUCCUCCUCCUUCUCUUACCCAUCCUCCCCCUCCCCCUCCUCUUCAUCCCCUUCCUCCUCCUCCCCUUCUCCUCCUCCACUAGAAUGGCGCGGCUUAAACUAGUCUGUACAAUGAGGAGGGGUAUAGUUUGCAUUAUAGGUUGUGAAGACCUAGUUGAAGCCGAGGAGUGUUUUCUCGUAUGA